AUGUCAUCAAAGCAGCCUAGACCGUCAAGCGGUCAGUUCAACGAACCACCUGCCAAUUCAGAACCCGCAACUACAGCUUGGGUAAGAACAGUUCAAAUAAAACCUUGUUGUAAUCUCCCUUCUACUAGUCGCGACAUAAAGUCCUGACACAUUUGCACAGUGCAUUUUGUUUUUCUUUCGGACCCGUCGCGGCAAUUCCCCGUUUUUGCACUAGCGACAUGCACUCUCGCGCGAGUUCGCCACUUUUCUCGCGCGCCACCCGCGACAAAAUGUGUCAGGACUUUAUGUCGCGACUAGUAUCACUCUGUCGGGAAAAUAACGGCAUAAUGUCGCUGCGGCGAUCGCGUCGCUGAAAUGAAAGCAAUUCAAUUUUAUCGCUACACACUUCGAUUUCUCAGCGGCGAUGCGAUUUUCGAUGCGACAGAGUGCUCAUUAUUUUCCCGACAGACUGAUAUACAAGUGUUUACACUAUUGUCUGUUCAAAAAUCCCAAUUGAGAUUUUCAGGUAGCCCGUCCAACCGGCAGUACGCAGACCCCACAACAAGCCGAGGUAAUCCAUUUUCUAACUUUAUCUGAACUCUUUUUCAGUUCGUUUCAACGAGUAUUGUCCCAUUCAACGGCUACACCGGCCCCAAUUAUCUCAGCUAUCCCUUGGAGUUCGCGGACACCUACAACACCCAAAAUGGAUUCUUCCCUUGCGCCACACUACCGUAUGCUCUGAAUUAUCAGGCAGAGGGCGUGCAGAGAGUGAAAACAGAUGAACAAGAAGAGGAAGUCUCGGUGAGAUAGGGCGUUAAAAACACGUUCUAUAAUAUUAUUCAACACUAAAAAUCGUAUUUUAGGAUUACUCCGGGAAUUCCACUGAUGACACUUCACGAAGUCCAUCAACGGAUUCGUCGAGAAAAGGUGGGACUUUUGAGCCAAAAAAUCACGAAUUCGGAAAACUAUCUAAUCAGCUACAUUUUGAUAUUUUUACGUCUAUUUUAGUGUUUUUGAUGCUUGAAGCAGAAUGCCAGAAACGGCGGGAAAACUGAAAUUUAAAUUUUUCUUGGCUAAUUCACAGAAUACAUCAUUCUUAGUGGUUGUAAAAUACUUAAUGCCGUAUAUCUAUGUUGUAAAUCGUAGGACUACACAAUAGACGCCGUAUUUUAGGCAGAAAGAGAUUUCAUUUGACAUUUCAACGUCUAAUCUUAGCGUUUUUGAAGCUUGCCACAGAAUGCCAAAAAUGGCGGGAUAACUGAUUUUUUCUUGGCUAGUCUCACAUAACAGGCUUUUAUUUUGAUAUUUUUUAGUUGUAAAAUACUUACUGCCUUAUAUCUAUGUUAUGAAUAGUUGUACUACACAAUAGACGCCGUAUUUUACAGAGAAUCCAACAUAUUAUGCCGAAGUGAAGCCUCUUCCCUAUUCAUCCAUCGCGCCUCACGGUUACGUUUCUCGAUCUCCAUUCGAAACGUUUUGCACUGUUCCUGGGCGAACCAGCUUGUUGAGUAGCACUACAAAAUACAAAGUUACAAUUGGCGAGAUUCAACGAAGAAUCAGCCCGCCGGAAUGCUUGAAUGCCAGUUUGUUGGGAGGGAUUUUGAGAAAGUAGGCUGGAACAGACUGAUUUACAAAUAAGCAUUUGCAGAGCCAAGUCAAAGGAUGGUGGAAAAGCGCUACGGGAAUCGUUGAGGAGGAUUGGACUCACAUUGCCAGCGGGGCGAAGGAAGUCGGCUCAUGUUACGGCACUCACGGCUUUGGUUGAAGGUAAAAUACGUUCUGAACCAGCGUUAUAGUAGGAAAAGAAGACUUUUAAAAAUGAUAAUUUGUAAAAUACGCUGGUUAAGCAUUGGUAUGUAUAAUUAAAGCCAUACGCAACGACAUUAACUUUUAAUUUUGGCCGUUAGAAAAUCUCUGAAUCAUAAAAAGCGCGACCACUCGCAUAUGGCGCAAUUUUUUCGCCCUAUGACGUCACUUAUUCCCUCCUUUUUUAUCGCAGUGUCCUGAAAAAUCCCUCCAGUUCACCAAUUUUUCUCCCGUCCCUCCGUAGCGGGGGGACUAAUGCGCUGCCUUAGCAGCCUUUAAAACAGAUGGGUUCGAGUCCACACUCACCCGAGGAGGCCUAACCCUCCCGCUCUGUGGACCACCAUGGUCCUGACGUCGAAAAAUCUCCCCGGGUUCUACUACUCAGCUAGUAGUUUUGCUGUUUUUUAUUAUGUAGAAAGCUUUGUUGUAGAGGUUCAUUUUGGUCUAAAAUUGAUUCUAGGGAGUUCUGAAGCUGUUCGUAUGGACAGGGUUUGUUGUACAGGAAUUUAUCGUCAGGUUACAGCGUAUUAUCAGCAGACAUGGCAACCGGGCCGGGCCGGGCUUUGGAAAUUUUGAAAACGGGCCGGGCCGGGCCUACAUUUCAUCGGGCCGGGCUCCGGGCUCGAUGUUUUUUUUCGGGCCCAGGCUUCGGGCCCAAUGGUGCCAAAAAAAGCCCGAGGCCCGGUUGAAAAAAAAAUUUUUUUUUGUCUUGAAACGAAAAAUUGGGAUGCCAAUUUCGUAUUUUGGCAUUGUGUUACUAGUUGAAUUUUUAGCUCUGAGAAGGUGAUAAACGUUUCUUAUUGUUAAAAACUUUGCUAGAAACAAUAAAAUAACCUGAAAAAAACUUUAAAAACUUUAAUUUUCGUCCAGUUUGGCCAAUUUUACACAAUUUUCAACGCUAAUUUUACCUAAACUAUUUUUUAAUGUUAAAUAUACCAGUUUCUAAUAGUCUAAUCAUGAUUGAUCAUGACUAUAGCGCUUGGUUCUUUGCCAUAAGUGUUCAGGAGCCCCCAAAUAGGACCCUCAACCCCGAUUAAUUCAAGGAUUUCAUCUGAUUGUCAUGGAUAAUAUAAUUUCUCCUCUAAACUUUUCUUCUUUGGUUUCUUCUGAAUUACGACGAUGGAUUUAACAAUUAAAUGACCCAGACGACGUUUUUAGGUUAUACUCCUGACAGGUAUACCUAUGGUUCAAUUUUCGACCUUCAAAAAAAUCAUGUUUUUAUCAAAAAUCAUGAGAAUGUUUGAAAAUUACGAUUACGAGAUCCGAAUCUUCAAUGCUUAUACUUCUUUCAUUGUAAUAAUAUGUUUCCAAUAUCUCAACGGUCUCUACGACCCCGAAUUCGUCCUAGUUAAGAUAAAAUCAUCAUGAAUAAUAUCGAACAAAAAUAUAAAAAACGUCAAAAUUUCCAUUUUACACUUGAAUAUAUGUUCUAAACCACAAAUAUUCUACCUCCUUGAGGAAUUCCAAACAUCUUACGUUAAAAAUUGGAAUUACGAUUUUUCUACCGUAAUCCACUUACUACAGUAAAAUAUUUCAUUAGGGUUGAAAAUGCUUCAAAUUUUGCAUGGAGUAUUCUUGCAUCCUGACAAAACAUUCUGCCAAGUUUCAUUCAAAUCCAUCGACCGGUUCCAGAGUUAUGGAAGAUUUUCUUUUACCAAAACUCCUUUUUUGAACCUCCAAAAUCGCUUUUUCAACCCUAUAGUAACUGCUGGGCAUUUUUUGGAUACUAUAUCUCAACUCUAAGUUGACCGAUUUUUGAUUUUUAAAAAGUAUUUUGACUAAUUCGAGUACUGCGAGCAACCUUAUGACGUUAGUUUUUGGCCUAGUUGGUCACAUAUGGCCGAAAACACAAUGCCAAAAUAUUGCCAAAAUGGCGGGAAAGUGGUUUUUUGAACGGAUCUUGACGGUUCCAUGAUUAGAAUAGUUUGAGAAGCGCAUGUGUAGCAAUAUCGCGUUGUUUUUUUAUUUUUCACGCAUUACUGUGGUAAGAUAUUCCACUUUCUGAUUAUAAAUAUGAGAUUAAAACUUUUAGCGUGAAACACCCUCAGCAUGCCAUGAAAAAUACAAUUUUUGAAGUAUAACAUCUUGAGUAUAUACUAAAGCCACAACACACAAAAAUCCGUUCAAAUUCGAUAAAAACCACCGUUUCCCGCCAUUUUGGCAAUAUUUUGGCAUUGUGUUUUCGGCCAUGUGUGACCCACUAGGCCAAAAACUAACAUCAUAAGGUUGCUCGCAGUACUCGAAUUAGUCAAAAUACUUUUUAAAAAUCAAGAAUCGGUCAACUUAGACUUGAGAUAUGGUAUCCAAAAAAUGCCCAGCAGUUACUAUAGGGUUGAAAAAGCGAUUUUGGAGGUUCAAAAAAGGAGUUUUGGGAAAAAAUAAUCUGCUAUAACUCUGGAACCGGUCGCUGGAUUUGAAUGAAACUUGGUGGAAUUAUGUUUCACGGCAUGCGGAUUCUCUGUGCAAAUUUUCAAAUCUCUCCGUCCAUCUUACUGUGAAUUACCGUAGUAGGUGGAUUACGGUAGAAAAAUAAAAUUUUUUAUUUUUUGUGAAGAAUGUCCAUCAGUCCUUGAGGAAUGAGAAUAUGUGUGAAUUAGAAGUAAUACUGAAGUUUGAUAUUGAUUUUUUGACGAUUUUCUGACUUUUUCCCGAUAUUAUCCAUGAUGAUUUCUUCCGAGCUAGGGCGAAUUGGGCGGGGUAAAAGGUCUUGUCACGUUCAAGAUAUAAUAGGAGUCUAAGAAACACAAAAAGAUUGACGAUUUAAAAAUAAUAGUCAUCAUUGUUAACCAUUUUUGUGAUUUUUGAUGAUUACUUGAUUUUUUGGAAGAUCGAAAAUUGAACCACCGGCACGAAUGUCGUAAUAAUAAAUGAGAACCUUCAGAUAUGCUAUUUGAUUGCAAAAUCAGCCGUUGGAAUCCCGGAGAAAACAAAGGAAAAAAGUUGAGGGGAGAAAUUAUGUUAUCCAUGACAAUCAGAUGGAAUCAUUAAGAUUUUUAAUUUUUAAAACGUAUUUAGGCUCAUAAAAGUACUGCUAGCAACGGCAUGAGGUUAUUUUUUGCCUCGCUAGCUUAAAUACGGUAAAAAAACACAAUGCCAAGCUGGUGCCAAAAAGGCGGGAAACUUUUUUUUUUAAUUUUGAAAAAUUACCGGGCCGGGCCGGGCCGGGCCUCGGAACCUCACCGGGCCGGGCCGGGCCGGGCCUCGAAAAUUUUUUUUCAAAACGGGCCGGGCCGGGCCGGGCUUCAAAAAUCCAGAAAACGGGCCGGGCCGGGCCUACAUUUUACCGGGCCGGGCUUCGGGCCCAGGGGGGCAAAAAGCCCGGCCCGAUUGCCAUGUCUGAUUAUCAGUCUGUCGGGCAAAUUAUGAGUACAAUAUCGCUGAACCGAUCACGUCGCUAAGGUGAAAAGCGAUUGGUUUUUGCCGCGAUCAUUUGGAUGCGACAGAGCGCUCGUAAUUUUCCCGACAGACUGAUAACGCGCUGUAACUUCAUGAUGAAUUCCUAUACAACAAGAUGUUUCUAAAUGCAAUUUUAGACCCAGCGAACAUUUUUUUCAAAACAGGCCCAAACUCGAGAUCCCUCAGUUUAACAUUCCAAAAGACUAUGUUAAAUAAUCGGUAUGGACAUGAAAAUUAGAUGGCUCAGACAGAACAACACGGAGAAUUUUAUGGUAGAAUAAUCAUUUGGAUACAGCUUAAUGUUUUCGCGUCAGGACCCAAAAAACGUUGAACUUUCUUUUGUCACCCUGUUUAACGAAUUUGCUAUUUUCGUUGUACAGAGGUUUGACUGCACAUAAAACAGCAAAUAACCAUUGUAAUGGCUUCAUUAUUUAUUAUCGCACCUUCAGAAGAAGCGGUUCACAUGGCGCGCGACUUCCAUUCCGUCUGCGAACGCGACUUCCCCGCCAAAGAACUGGCCGCCUUCCUCUCGCGCAACAUCUCCACCGAAGAGGAGGCGCAGAACCGCCGGACCAUGCUCCAUUAUGUUCGAAUGUUCAUCAAAGAGCUCUCGGAUUUGAUGAACUCGGACAGAAGUCCGGUCUGUGCCAAUCGUCCCGAUAUUAUUCUGGACCCUGUGAUCCAAAAACCGCUGACGCAUUUUUCGAUGGUAACUCAUGGAUUUGGCGGCCUGGUGGUGGUCUCAGUGCUCGAUGCGUUGAAUGCAUAUGUUCAUGAGUCGAUGAAACAUUUGGAUCGGACUUUUGGACCACCCAACAUUUAUCCCAAUCAACAUGGAUAA